CUGUGAUAUGACACCUGCUGACGUCACCACCUCCCUCUAUGGAUCAAAACAUGGCGGCUGCCAUGGAGCUGAGGUGCUGGGGAGGAGACUGGGGUUUGCCUUCCGUCCACACCGAGUCUCUCAUAGUUCAGGCGUACGCAAAGUUUUCUGGGGCAAAAGUCACCGUUUCUCCUGUAGACUGGACAUGGAAAACUCUCACAGCAACAGUCCCAGAGUUGCUGUGUGGAGACUCUGCAGUUCAGGAACCUAUAAAUAUUCUCAACUUCUUGAGAAAACAGAGAUUUAAUGCAGACUAUGAACUUACAGCCAGACAAGGAGCCGACACUAUGGCAUACAUCGCGCUGCUUGAAGAGAAACUACGACCAGCUCUGCUGCACACGUUCUGGGUGGAUGCAGAAAACUACGCCAAUCUGACGCGGCCUUGGUUUGCUUCACGCUCGCCAUUCCCUCUGAACUUUCUGGUCCCAAGUCACCGUGCCAACGCCGCCCUCUCCCGCAUCCUUCUAAUGAAAGGAGAGGCCCCGCUGCACAGAAUCACAGAGGUCGAGGGAAAGAUUUACAGUGAUGCUAAAGAGUGCCUGAAUCUCCUCUCAUUCAGACUGGGAAUGGAAAACUACUUCUUUGGAAGCUUGCCGACCAGCCUGGACGCCUUUGUGUUUGGUUAUUUGGCUCCAAUUUACAAAGCCAGUCUCCCCAGUAGCCCUCUGCAGAGCCACCUCCGGCAGCUCGGUAACCUCACAAGCUUCUGUGACAACAUCCUCGCAGUCUACUUCAGCUCGGACCGCCCUUGUCCCCCCCCACCUGUUCAGGAAACAAUGGAUGCCAACCUCCAGAAACUAACGCAGCUUGUAAACAAAGAGUCCAACUUGAUAGAGAAGGUGCAUCUGCUUUCCUUUUAUCGUCUCUUUGCAUGGGUGCAUGGUUGCAUUUGGCAGAUGGAUGACAACCUUCGCAGCAGCCCUCAGCACAAACCCCACAGGCCAGACCCCAAACCCAGCCUGGCCAGCGAGCAAAACUCUACUCCUGCCUGACCCUGACCUGUCAGGCUUAAAGACGGAGGAGGAGGAACAGCCAGUAGAUAAAAGGUGCACUUCUGAUGCAAGAUUCUCAAAUCAGAAAAUUUUCAUCCAUGGGAAAUAUAGUUUGUAUGGAAAAUAACCUAAUAAUGAUUGGAUGUAAGACUGUAACUAUCUGAGGCUAUUUUAUAGAAAUAUAAUUUUGAUUGAUUUCAAAGAUGUUGGUCUGAAAGAUGGAAAAGUGCAUGUGGGAGGUUUUAAAAAAGAAAAGGCUGAGUGUGUGUAUGUGGUUAUGGAUGGAAUUCCAUGAAGUGGUGUUUGAUGACAGACCGAAAGUUUCAAAGGAAAGUCAAAAGUAAAUGAAAAGUCCUACAGGGUAUAAAAGGAGUGCCACUGUUUGACCUCUGAGUGGACCACUUAACCUCUCGUUGCUUUUGUAAGAAAUAUGUUUUCUAUUUUUUGUUCCUCCAUUUUUUUUCGGCACAGUUCAUGCACCAUAGGACGUGUGAACAUUUCCUCACCUGCGUUAGGUGGGUAAUGACAUCAGUUUAAGACACAUUGAUCACUAACAUAGUGCAGAGUUGUGCUCAAAAUGGGAAUACGUGUUUAGUUGGGUUUAAAAAUCUUUUAAUCAUGAUGGUGAUCUCAGAUCUUCUUCCAACUUGUACAAAUAUUCUGUAGAUUGUAAUUUAAAUUGGUGUUGUGUACAGUAAGUAUACAGUCAUGACCGGAUCAAUCUCUUAUUUUGCUUUGCUUUCAUCUCCUCUGCUUUGUAUAACUUGUAUAAUUGUAAAUAUUUUCAUGAUGGAAAUCAUAAUUUCCUCGUGGUUUCCUCCAAUAGGGCUGAUUAGCUUCUUCACAGCUUUUGCUAGAUACACUGAGGUAGUUCAUACUCACUAUUGACUUCUUCAUGCACUAAUGUGUGUUUGUUCUCCAUCAGAAAAGUGUCUUUCAAUCAUCGUGUCUUUAUUUUCCAUUAACAAUCCACUGGCAGUUGUUGCCAUGGUUUCCACUGACAAUCUUACAGAUACAGCAUUUAUUUUGUUAAGAUGUUUCAGCUGUGUUGUAAUUUGCUGUGCCUACUUAAAACCUUUGUCAUCCUGAAGUGUCUGCCCCACUUGGGAAUGUCUCAUUAGCUGCCUUUUUUUAAUUUAUUCUCCUGUCUGUCAGAAAUUUGAACCGUAAAACUAUUUGCCAUGUUUUUUUUUAUUUAUUAUUGUCAUGCACCCUAUAUUUCUCACAGCUUAUACACUUCCGAAUUGUGUCUACUUAACGUUCCUGAUGAGUGUCUGUCUUGAGAUACUUGAGGCUCUUCAACACCUUAAGGUUACAAUUCCUUUAAAGAACCACACCAUGAAACGAAGCAUUCAUUUGUGUUUACAUGCGUGUUUUUGUUUUGUCAAAUAAAAAAUGUUGAUGUAAAGUAAUCCGGCUUGUGAGGAGCAUCAGAACUACAGUGUGCCUUUGUGACACACUGCCACAAAGGAUCUUUGGUCAUUUCCUCUACUGUUGUUCGUGCGGAUGGUUGGUAACGACUGUCAUAUCAUUGAAAUACAGAUACGAUCCAACCACAAC